UGGAACUGGAGGCCGGCACGCUGGCCGCGCUGGCUCCUGAAGAAAAAGAGGCAAUUAAAGGGCAAUAUGAAAAGCUCAUGGAUGCCUAUGGUUGCUUGGGGGAGCUCCAGCUAAAAUGUGGUAGUGCUCGGCUUCGUUUCCUGGUCCUGGUAACAGGAUGUACAUCAGUGGGAAAAAUCCUGGAUGCCGAAGUAUACAAAAUCACUGGAACAGAUUUCUGUCCUCUCCAGGAAGAAACCAAGGAAGAGGAUCGUGUUACUGCCUUGAAAAAAAUCUUGAACUCUGGGAUGUUUUAUUUCUCCUUGCCAAAUUCAGACUCAGACUUUGACCUGACUGUCCGGGCCCAGAAGCAGGGUGAUAACAGCUAUGAAUCUGGUAACUCCUUCUUCUGGAACCAGCUACUACAUGUGCCCUUUAAACACUACCAGGUGAACUGCUCAGACUGGCUACUGAAAGUGAUCUGUGGUGUUGUGGACAUCCGUACUGUUUAUGCCUCUCACAAGAAGGCCAAAGCCUGCCUCAUUUCCCGGAUCAGCUGUGAGCGAGCGGGUGCCAGGUUUCACAUACGAGGGGUCAAUGAUGAUGGACACGUGUCUAACUUUGUUGAGACAGAGCAGACAAUUUAUUUGGACAAUGACAUCUCUUCGUUUGUUCAGAUCAGAGGGUCCGUUCCACUGUUUUGGGAGCAACCAGGACUUCAGGUUGGUUCCCAUCAUCUGAGACUUAACAGAGGCUUGGAAGCUAAUGCUCCUGCUUUUGACAGGCAUAUGAUGCUUCUGAAAGAGCAAUAUGGAAAACAAGUGAUCGUUAACCUGUUGGGAAGCAGAGGAGGAGAAGAGGUACUCAACAGGGCUUUCAAGAAAUUGCUGUGGGCUUCUUCCCAUGCAGCAGACACACCCAUGAUCAAUUUUGACUAUCAUCAGUUUGCAAAAGGUGGAAAAAUAGAGAAGCUGGAAAAUUUGUUGGGGCCUCAGCUAAAGUUGCACUGGGAUGAGUUUGGCAUCUUCACCAAGAGCAAGAAUGUAAGUCCACGUCUGCAAACAGGUACCUUCCGAUCGAAUUGCCUGGAUUGUCUGGAUCGUACUAAUAGUGUGCAGUCCUUCAUUGCACUUGAGGUUCUUCACAUGCAGCUAGAGAGCCUAGGGUUGAACUCAAAGCCUAUAGUGGAGCGCUUUGUGGAGUCCUACAAAGCAAUGUGGACUGUCAACGGUCACAAUCUGAGUAGAGUUUUCACAGGCAGUCGUGCCCUGGAGGGAAAACACAAGGUAGGAAAACUGAAGGAUGGAGCCCGUUCAGUGUCACGUACCAUUCAGUCAAAUUUCUUUGACGGUGUGAAACAGGAAGCCAUCAAAUUACUGCUCAUGGGUGAUUUUUUCAGUGAGGAGUAUGCAGACAAAGGAAAGAUGCUUAUGGACAACACUGCAUUGCUGGUGACCCCCAGUAUUUUGAAGGCCAUGUCAGAGCGUCAGUUUGAAUUUACAAACUUCAAGCGGAUUCGUGUUGCCAUGGGGACCUGGAAUGUGAAUGGAGGCAAGCAGUUUAGAAGCAACAUCCUGGGUACCAGUGAGUUAACAGACUGGUUGCUGGAUUCUCCCAAGCUCUCUGGAGUUUCCGAAUUUCAGGAUGACGAGUCCUGCCCUCCUGAUAUAUUUGCUGUGGGAUUUGAAGAGAUGGUGGAACUAAGUGCAGGGAAUAUUGUAAAUGCCAGUACAACUAAUAAGAAGAUGUGGGGGGAGCAGCUUCAGAAAGCAAUUUCUAGGACUCACCGGUACAUCCAGCUGACGUCAGCACAGCUUGUUGGUGUUUGUCUCUUCAUCUUUGUGCGACCUUAUCAUGUUCCUUUUAUCAGGGACGUGGCAAUAGACACAGUAAAGACAGGGAUGGGAGGGAAAGCUGGAAAUAAAGGGGCAGUUGGCAUCCGCUUCCAGUUCUACAGUACCAGCUUUUGCUUCAUCUGCAGUCACUUAACUGCUGGACAGUCUCAAGUGAAAGAGAGGAAUGAAGACUACAAAGAGAUCACACAAAAACUCAGCUUCCCAAUGGGAAGAAAUGUGUUCUCCCAUGACUACGUGUUCUGGUGUGGUGAUUUCAACUAUCGCAUUGAUUUGACAUAUGAAGAAGUCUUUUAUUUUCUUAAACGACAAGAUUGGAAAACACUCCUUGAAUUUGAUCAACUACAACAGCAGAAAUCCAGUGGAAAAAUUUUUAAAGAUUUUCAUGAAGGAACAAUCAAUUUUGGACCAACCUAUAAAUAUGAUGUUGGCUCAGAAGCUUAUGAUACAAGCGAUAAGUGCAGAACCCCUGCUUGGACAGACCGAGUGCUUUGGUGGAGAAAGAAACUGCCUUUUGAUAAAACAGCUGGAGAGAUCAAUCUCCUAGACAGCGAUCUGAGUGUUGAAACUAAAAUCAAACACACUUGGACUCCUGGUGCCCUGAUGUAUUAUGGAAGAGCAGAGCUUCAGGCUUCCGAUCACAGGCCCGUGUUAGCUAUUGUAGAAGUGGAAGUCCAAGAAGUGAAUGUGGCUGCCCGUGAGAGUGUUUUCCAGGAAGUGUCAUCCUUCCAGGGACCACUGGAUGCCACCGUUGUGGUCAAUCUCCAGACACCAACCCCUGAAGAGAAAAACGAAUUUCCUGAAGACUUGCGUACAGAGCUUAUGCAAAUAUUUGAGAAUUAUGGCAUCAUUGUUCUUGUCAGGAUAAAUGGAGGUCAGAUGCUGAUAACAUUUGCAGACAGCAAGUCAGCUCUUAAUGUUUUGGAUAUAGAUGGCAUCAAGGUUAAAGGUAGAGCUGUGAAGAUCCGGCCCAAGACUAAAGAUUGGCUGAAGGGUCUUCAGGAGGAAAUCACUCGAAAACGAGACAGUUUUGUACCCAUGUCACCUACAGCAAACUCCUGUCUGUUAGAGGAAAACUUUGACUUCUCAAGUCUAGACUACGAAUCAGAAGGUGAUAUAUUAGAUGAGGAGGAGGAGUAUUUGGAUGAUGUGCUGCCUCAGCAUCUAGUAACAGAGAUAUCAGAAGACUUUCCUGAGGGCCCUGAACAUUUUGCCUCUGUAGUACUUUCAAACAAAUCUCUGAUGCUGACGGGAAGGAAUUCACAUCUGUGUAAAGACGAUGCUGACUUGGCUGAAUUAAAGCAGGAGUUGGAAGAGGGUGGGGAUUUCCGGCAUCGUUCUCCCAGCAGAUCUCUGUCUGUUCCAAACAGGCUUCGCCCACCACCGCCCCCACAGCGCCCUCCCCCUCCUGCUGGAACAUCUGUCAAAAAAUCACCAUCUGACACUCCCACCUCUUCAGGAGGACACUCCCUAUGCUCCAUCUUGGCAACAGCAAAACUUCUCCCAGGGGCACCUCAGCAACCACCCAAAGUCCGGACUGGAAUAAGCAAGCCUUAUAAUGUCAAGCAGAUCAAAACCACCACAGCUCAGGAAGCAGAAGAAGCUAUUAGAUGUCUAAUGGAAGCAAAAGGAGGAGUACAAGAGGAAGCACUGAAGCCUGUUCCACUAAGAACCCAAACAGUCACUAAACCAGAACCCCUUCCCAGCAUUGCAAAGUCAGCAUCCUUUCAGGGGUCACAACCAGGACCAGCACUGGUGCCCCAUCGCCCACCACCCAAAGUUCCAACUGCUAAGAAGCCAGUGCCUCUGCAAAGGACAGGAGUCAAAUCGGAAAAUACCAUGUCUCCAGAAGAGCAGUCUGACCAGCAGACAAACCACCCUCCCUUUGGCUUGCCAGAUCCUUGUCUCGAAGCCAGCGCCAUCACAAGCCCCACAAGAGUCACUCCAGUCCCUAAGCCGAGAACAACACAGCCUGGGAAAAUUCUUCAGAGAAGGAAGAGCAGUGAGAGGCCACCUCCCUCACCAGACAGUCUGGAGGCAGACAUGCUGCAUUCACCCAACUCCUCCUUUGCCCCGAAGAUCCCACCAAGAAGGAAGAAGUCUGCCCCUGCUGCUCUCCACCUGCACGUGCUCCAGAGUAGUAACAGUCCGCUUCUCAGGGGCUUAUCACUCAAUUUCAACAACAACAACAGUCCUUCUGCCAUCCAGGAUUCAGACAUCCUCUCUCCCAGGCAGUCCGAUUUUUCAGCCCUGAUGGUCAUGGCCAGCCCUCAAAACGAUGGCACCAAGUGUGUGACACCAACACCUUCAGACUUGAUUGCUGACCUACAGGGCCCUCCUGCCACAAGCAGUCAGCAGCCGCCACUCUUAGACACCAGCUCCCUUACAGAGGAUACCAAUCUUCUGGACCUGGACACUGAUUUUCCCUGUCCUCAUCCCACACCAUCUGUACCAAGUACUCCUCCAGUCCACACUCCCAAAGAUCUGAAACUCCCCGGCUCAGAUUUCAGUCACUGGGUUACGUUUAGUGAUGAUGAAGAUAAGGGCACAUUAACAGAGACGCUGAACACACUGCUUGUCUUAGAACAAAAUGGAAAUACCUUGAAGAACAGGAAUACAAAUUGAGAGUUGAGAUUUUUUUCCUCUUAUAGAAACCUUAGGUACAAAUACAAAUCUCUUUGCAUACAGAGCUCUACUUUAAGAAUUCUCAAGUGUGGCAAAACCACGUUUUAAAUGAGUUUUGCAUUUAAAGAAAGAAUACUCCCCCAGGAAAUAAACCAAGUGCAUAACAUCUAGCAAUACUGUACAGCUUGCUAAAAUACUUUAUCCUAAAUUAUUUUUUUAUUCAGCUGAAAAAUUAUUAUAUCAGGUACAGAUAAUAUUUAAGAGCAUGCAACGAGGCAAAUGAGGCAUGAAAAGCCCUCAAGAAAAACAUUUACAGGUGUAAUUUAUAAUCCACACAAUUUCUAUCAUUUUAAGUAAGCCUUAGUAUAAAUAAUUAUAUUGCUAUAGUUAUUGCAGAGUAAGUGUAUCCUCAUGGAGAGCUUCACUGAUGUAACUAUACGAAUAUAUUCAUAUCAGAGUAAUAUAUGUUCCUGCGUAGAUAUGCCCUAAAAUGCAUCUUUCUUGUGGUCUUUAACUGGAUACAAGGUUUGGAAUCUCUUAGUAUUUAUCCCACUAGCCGAACUCCUCCACCCUUUUGUAAGUGGUCAGGAGGUUGCAGAGUAGAUGCCCUCUUUUGAAGGAAAUUCUCGUUCUUAAUCUAAAACAUCCAAAUGCACCUACAGGGGAUUAGGAUGGAUCCCAUGCAAGUGUAUGAAAUACUAAUAGUUAUACCUCAGGCAGCUAUUCUGCAAGGGCAUGGUUUCUUUUAAUGUGAGGUAUGUUCAUAUUUAAAAGCGACCUCCGGUUAUUUCCUUUUCCAUUUGGAAAACACCCAUUCUGAACUGGUUCUGUUCAGCCCCUUCAUAUUCUAAAUAGCUAACGAACCAAACAGCACAGAGGACAAGUGGUUGGCACUUUGGGAAGGACCACGCAUGUGAAGGGCUAGCAGGUGCAUUCCAGUGGCCUUUACUUACUGUGCACAGAGUCACAGGUGAGAGAAGGGGCAGGGCCCAGCUGGUUACAAAGGACGUAAGCAUGUAACUUCUUAUCCUGGAAGAUUAUGCACUAGUCACAGUCUUGCUCCCUGUGGCAAGGAAGUGUCAUCUUCAUUCUUCACUACUAAUGAUAUAAUAAACACCGAUAAGUAAAAAAUUGGCUUUGUACAUGUACAUGAGAGCUGUGUUGAGUAUUCAUUGAGACCCUCAGUUCUGAGAGGCAGGGCACAAGUAACAGGGGCAGACCAUGCCUUACAGAUUAUUAAUUUUACUUCUGCUGCUGAUGGUAAAGAUUAGUACCGAUGCUGAGAAGUUGGAAGGGACUGUCGUCUCACAAACAAAACUGGUAGAGGGAGUUGUAUGUACAGCUGUCACCCUCCUACUGCCCUCCAUAUUCACUUCAGCUGAUCACUGGUAGAUCAGCCAGCGGCAUGGCAGGAGCUAGCUUUCUGACUGCCCUUAAUAUCAUCAGGCAUUUUGCAGCUUAAAAUUCCUCUCACCCAUUUUGAGAAGAGAGACAUUGGUAGCUGCAUCAAAUGAACAGGCAAAUCUGAUAAACGUGAGCCAAGAACUACAUUUCAGUGAGAUCCCAAGUGGGGAAAUAAUCAGGGACCAGAACAUAAAACUAGGAACAGGCUUGGGAGUCAAGUUCUACCAGACUUGUCUCUCAAACAUAAAGGCAGAGUAUUGGUGCAGUGAGCAAGAUGUCAGUGUGGAAGAAUAAGAGUGCCUGUUAUUGCUCAUAUGCUCAAAUACAGUUAUUGCUCAUAUGUUGCCGCAUUGCAUAAGAUUAGCUGUAAAACAAGAGUUUAUGGAAAACUGAUUGCAUCUUAUGAGGAGCAUUAACGGAAUAGUUUGUGAAAGGAAAUUCAGAAUUCAUCCGAUUCCUCUCUUAAUUAGUGUUUUCUUAGUGAUUGAUGCUGUGUGACAGCACAGACCAGCCAGGCUGGAUAAUGCACAUUCCACAAGCCUGCCCUUUACCUAAAGAUUCUUGCAACACUUGAAAAAGUGAGGGAAUAAAAAUAGAAUACCAUAGUUCUAGCUGCAGAAAUAAUCAGCCUAGGAAAAGCAUCAUUCCCAGAUCUUCCCCAUUGUCCUAGAUCUUCUUCCAAAUGUUGCCUUCUUUUUUUCCUUAUAUUUAUCCAAUGCUCCAUUUGGACAUUAGUUACUGUGGGGAGCCCACCAGAGGCUAUACAUUACAUCAAGGGAGAAAAGGUCACUGCAGCAAUGUCAUUUCUGAUUUGGAGCCAGUCCAACAUUCAGGCUUCUCAAAACACCUGAGAUUAUAGCCACAACGUCAAAUAUGGUCUUCCAGUCCCAAAACAGAAAUUCAACUGGGGACAAAUUUGUGAAGUGUUUACGCUGCCUGUUACAAGUCGGCAAUUACAAGUUACACCAGGCUUGUUUCGAUUCAGGCAUAGUAAUUUCACUGAAAGAAGAACAGAGUCCCUUUCAGGGUAGUAAUAAUUUCAAACAUUUGGCAAAAUUGAGAAGUCUGUGGCUUGUGUUUAAACUUUAUUUUUGUUGUAAAU